AUGCAGAUCCAAAAUCUCCUUGUUCUCGUUACUUUGACGACUAGUGUCUAUGGGGCUGGUUAUGGCGUCGCAUGGUGUCAAGGAGAAAAAGUAAGUCCUUGUCUUUCAAUCUAUUCAACUUCGGGGACAGAACACGAAGGUGUAUAGUAUCUAGAUUCUAGAACAACAUUUCACCUUGAUGUCAAAUAAAGCUAUUCUAACAUGGAGAUAGGGCGUCCCCCUCAACUUGGCCACUGAACAAGUGUGCAAGGACCUCAUCGGGAAUGGCUGCACCGGUUGCAAAGUGGUCAGGAUAGAUCAUUUUGUCACGCCAGUUGCAAAUUUUAAAAUCGAAGGCCAUGAUAGUGGAAACAGCAUCGCUCCUCAGAAGUUAAGAAAACAUAUCAUUCUAGCCUAUCAAUAUAAAUGA